AUGGUUAAUAUACAAUCCAGCCUACGACGCGUCUUUGUCUAUAUUUGGACAAUGAGACUGACACGCAAUAACCGCGUUUACUCUUUACGCGUCAAACAUGUGACCAAUUUCCUACGCGAGUUAAAAGAUGAAUCAAGCGUUGUUAGGAAGCAUAAAAAAUCACGUUUGGAAUUAUUAUCAUCCUUAGCCAAAGAGACAAAUUAUGUGACAUUAUUAUGUGACACUAGUACUAUCAUUUCCUUUUUGACAUUUAAAAAAAAAGUUGAGGCAAUUGUUUUUGCUUGGUCUGUCUUUGUACACCUCCCUCCCUUCAUUAUGUCCACUCUCAGUGCUUUUGGUUUCAUUCACCGCAAGCCUCACAGGAAUACUCAGGCAGUUAAGCCAGACAUGAUGAAGGGGACCACCCUGUCUGCCAUCUACUGUAGCAGUCCGGAAAAACCUAGCAAGUCGAUAGCACAAUCUAAUCCAACUAAAUCAAGGACCGAUCUUGUGCAUACUACUAAGUCUCAAUCCAAAAAUACGAUCAAUUCGAUUACUCAUUACUUUACUUCAUCCCAUCAUGAAUCUAUGGAGAUUGAGGAGGAAGAGGAGGAGGAGCCCAUACUCAAGGUGCGGCAAUCGAUUUCAUGCUCGACUAUGUGGGAAGCCAUGAUCAAUGAACUCGACACAAUAUAUUCGGAUCAUCUUUUAACUGUAGACCCUCAUCCUUUUCUUGGCUGCGGGCAGCGAAGAAGACAUGAAGAAGACAAUACAAUGGCCAUUGUUCAUUUACAUAGUGAUAAGCGUCAGAGAACACAACAAGCGUUGGUUGAAGCUUUUAAGCACUCGAUGAAACUCAGCAAUUACCGCCCUAUACAAAUGUCUACACUGGAAUGUCCCGAAGAUCGAUCAAGGGCUAUGCGACGAACACUCGAUAUAAAUGAGACAGAUGCCUUUUUAUCACAAAUUAUAAGUGAAUUAAUGAUUUAG